AUGAAUUCCUGGAGAGGCAGCUCCUUCUCCCACAGACAGAUCCCUUCCUUGCCAGCCGCUCUCCAGCAGCAGAUGAUGGAUCUGCAGAGCAGCCUUGGAGGUACGUGGGGAACCUCUCCAGGGACGUGACCGAGGCUCUGAUCCUCCAGCUGUUCAGCCAGAUCGGACCCUGCAAGAACUGCAAGAUGAUCAUGGAUACAGCUGGCAAUGAUCCCUACUGCUUCGUGGAGUUCUACGAGCACCGGCACGCGGCCGCGGCCCUGGCUGCCAUGAACGGCAGGAAGAUAAUGGGUAAGGAGGUCAAAGUGAACUGGGCCACCACCCCUAGCAGCCAGAAGAAAGACACCAGCAACCAUUUCCACGUCUUUGUCGGAGACCUCAGCCCUGAGAUCACAACUGAAGACAUCAAAGCAGCCUUUGCUCCCUUUGGAAGAAUCUCGGAUGCACGGGUGGUCAAGGACAUGGCCACGGGCAAGUCCAAGGGCUAUGGCUUCGUCUCCUUCUUCAAUAAAUGGGACGCCGAGAACGCCAUCCAGCAGAUGGGGGGGCAGUGGCUCGGGGGCCGGCAGAUCCGGACCAACUGGGCCACCAGGAAACCUCCAGCUCCCAAGAGCACCUAUGAGACAACCACCAAACAAUUGUCCUACGACGAGGUGGUGACUCAGUCCAGCCCCAGCAACUGCACCGUGUACUGCGGGGGGGUCACCUCGGGCCUCACAGAGCAGCUGAUGCGCCAGACCUUCUCCCCCUUCGGGCAGAUCAUGGAGAUCCGAGUGUUCCCGGAUAAAGGAUACUCCUUCGUCAGGUUCAAUUCCCACGAGAGCGCUGCCCACGCCAUCGUCUCCGUCAACGGCACCACCAUCGAGGGCCACGUGGUGAAGUGCUACUGGGGCAAGGAGACACCCGACAUGGUCAGCCCUGUCCAGCAGGUCAGGCAGCUCCUGAGGCAGAGCCAGUCCUCAGCGCCGUGGAUGGGCCCCGCUUACGGCGUGCAGGCGGCGCAGGGGCAGAACGGCGCCGUGGUGCCCCCCCAGCCCGGCUUCCGCGUGGGCUUCGAGACCCCCUGA